CCAGACUUCCUCCUUCACUUAGUUGGGCGCUACGCCACAGACCACUGGCCCUCGGACUGUGGUGUCCACUGGUGUCCCGGCGUCAUGGGGGGCCUGGAACCCUCCGGCAGGCUGCUGCUCCUGCCCCUGCUUCUGACUGUGGGCGGUCUCAGUCCCGUCCAGGCCCAGAGCGAAUGCAACUGCGCGUCGGUGAGCCCCGGCGUGCUGGCGGGCAUCGUGCUGGGGGACCUGGUGCUCACGCUGCUCAUCGCGCUGGCCGUGUACUCGCUGGGCCGCCUGGUGCCGCGGGGCCGGGGCCGCGGGGCCGUGGAGGUGACCCGGAAACAGCGUAUGACCGAGACUGAGUCGCCUUAUCAGGAGCUCCAGGGCCAGAGGGCGGACGUCUACAGCGACCUCAACACACAGAGGCAGUAUUACAAAUGAGCCCAAACCACGCCGGUCAACAACCUGAUGCCUGGAUCCAGCCAUUCCUGAUGCCCACCCAGCACCUCAUGCCUACGCCUAGCGAGAUACAGACCCGCAGAGUGCCCUCCCUGAGAUGUCCACGCCUCUCCCCGCUGCUGCCCCCAAAUAAACAUGGAGCACAAAAACA